AUGGUUAUGGUUUUAGCUAUAGAUUUAUCUCAUAACCAUUUCUCUAGUGGCAUUCCAAGCGCUCUAGCAAGCUGCACGGCUUUAGAAUAUCUAAAUCUUUCUUGGAAUGCAUUUGAAGGCCCGAUUCCAGCGUCUCUGGCAAAACUAAAAAAUCUUCAAGACAUGGACUUUUCCUUCAACAAUUUGUCAGGUACAAUACCAGUGGCUUUGCAAGACAUGACAAUGCUUCACCAUCUAAAUCUAUCCUCAAACAGCUUAACUGGAGAGGUUCCAAAGGGAGGGGUUUUCUCAGAUCUUGGCACCUCGGCAGUUGCAGGAAAUCUUGGUCUCUGUGGUGCAUGGAUAAAUUUACCACCGUGCCCUAAUUUCAAGUCCAAGCACAAAGGGUUAUCAGUUUCCCAUAAGGUAACAAUUGUUGUUCUCAUCAGUAUUGUAAUAUUAAUCCUGUGCUUUCUCUUACUUGCAUUUUCCUAUAAAUGGAGAUAUAAGAGACAGAGCAUCUCUACUGAUAAUGUAGACGACAGUGUCUCUAGUGAAACUGACAGUGCAGAUCAGAGUACCCUUGAUCUCCAUGUAGAACCCACAAGGAUUUCAUACGAACAACUUGUGAGUGCAACUCAUGGCUUUAGUGAGGCAAAUCUGCUGGGGAGGGGUGGCUUCGGAUCAGUUUAUAAAGGAACUCUGUAUAAUGGGACACAUAUUGCUGUCAAAGUUCUUAAUUUCCAAGAUAAAAAUGCCCAUAAAAGUUUUAUUACAGAGUGCAAUGCACUGAAAAGAGUUCGACACCGCAAUGUGAUUAAAGUCAUAACAGUCUGUUCCAACCCUGUUCUUAAAGCAUUGGUUCUUCCAUUCAUGUCAAAUGGAAGUUUAGAUAGGUGGCUGUACCUAGAUGGAGGAGAUGAAUGUAAACUAAACUUAAAUGAUAGAUUAACAAUAGCACUAGGAAUAGCCCAGGGGAUGGAGUAUCUACAUCAUUAUUGUUUUGUGCAAGUGAUACAUUGUGACCUGAAACCGAGUAAUGUGUUAAUGGGGGAUGAUAUCACUCCAUAUGUAGCAGACUUCGGCAUUGCAAAAGUGGUUUUUGGGGACUCUCUUGAUUCAUUGGCUUCUACAAAUGCACUUCAGGGAUCUUUUGGUUACAUGGCACCAGGCACUGAAUAUGCAAUGGGUGGAAAAAUUGGGACAAUGGGAGAUAUAUAUAGUUAUGGUAUUUUAUUGCUGGAGCUUUUGACGAGGAAGAAGCCAACAGAUACAAUGUUUACAGAAGGAUUGACUCUUCCUAAAUGGGUAUGUAUGAAUUUUCCAGAUGACAUAGCAGAAGUGGUGGAUCACACCCUACUUAGAAAUGUGAAUGAAUCAGACCCAUCAGCGGUGUUGGUAUGUCUUACUCAACUUUUACAGGUAGGGUUGGUUUGUACAAAUAAAUCCCCACUUCAACGUCCCAGUAUGAAAGAAGUUGUCAUGAAACUGAACGAUAUUAAAGAUGCUUUUCUUAAUAUUUCAACAAUUCUUUAA